AGAGGCCCAUGAUGCUUUACUAAACUCAAAACAGAGCAGCUCCCACAAAGUUCGAGUCACAGUGAAAUCAACUUUCCGUCAAAAUCAAACUCCGUCGGGAAAACACAGCCAAACUCGUUCGUCGCCAUAGGGAGUAAGGCUGCGAGAAAUUCCAGAUACCAUGGCUAAACGUAAAAGGUUGAAUAUUGUUCGAAAAAGUGGCAAACCACAAACUGAUAAGCAAUUAGUUGAUAGCUCUAAUGAAGUCAACCACAACAUAAAUGAAGAGUAUGAACAGUUUGGAGUUGAUACAAGAGAAAACCAAAUGGUUGCAAGCCUUAAUCACCAAAAUUACCAACCACAAUCAGAACAACAAAUACAAGUGGGAAGUCAAGUUGAAUCUCAUAUUUCUUUCAAUGGAAUGUGUAGUAGUUUACCUAAAGACACCAUUUUGAGGCGCAAAAGGUCGAGUGCUGUUCGAAAUAGUAGCAAUUCACAAGCUAAAGAGAAACAAAUACUUGAUAGCUCCAAUGAAGUCAACCAACACAAGUACAGUUACAGUAAAGCCAAAGAGUUUGCACAAUUUGAAGCAGUAGACACAAGAGAGAAUCUAAUGCUAGCUAGUCUGAUUCGCCAAAAUGAUGUGCCACAAUCAGAACAGCAAAUAUACACGGGAAGUCAUGUUGAGCAUCCUAUUUCUUUUGGUAGAAUGGGUGAAAGUUUACCUGAAGAUACUAUAGUGAGACGCACGACAAGGUUGAGUGCUCGAAAAAGUGGCAAGGCACAAGCUGAAGAGCAAUUAAUUAACAGCUCAAAUGCAGUCAGCCAAAACAACCAUAAUAUAAAUGUUAAGUAUGCUAAGAUUGGAAGAGGUACAAAAAACAAUCUAAUGGUAGUAAGUUUGAAUAACCAAAAUGAUGAAUCACAGUCAGAACAACAAUUCCAAGUGGGAAGUUUACCUAAAGAUACCACUGGUAGGAACAUAAAGUUUAAAGCUGUUCAAAAAGAUACAAGAGGGAAAUUAAUGGCAGGAAGUCUGAGCCACCAAAAUCAUGAAUCACAACCAGAACAGCAAAUACAAGUGGGAAGCCAUGCUGAAUAUCCUAUUUCUUUUGGUAGAAUGGGUAAAAGUUUACCUAAAGAUACUAUGGGGAGGUGCACGAGAUUGAAUGAUGUUAGAAAAAUUGGCAAAUCACAAGCUGAAGAGCAAUUAAUUGAUAGCUCUCCUGUAGUCCACCAAACCAACUACAGUAUACAUGAAAAGUCUGCACAAUUGGGAGGAGUAUCUACAAGAGGGAAUCGAAAGGUAGCAAGUCUUAACCACCAAAGUGACCAAUCACAAUCAGAACAAGUACUAGUGGGAAGUCACAUGGAAUCUCCAAUUUCUUUUGGUAGAAUGAAUAAAAGACUACCUAAAGAUACCAUGGGGAAGCGCAGGAGACUGAAUACUGUUAGAAAAAGUGGCAUAGCACAAGCUGAAGAGCAAUUGAUUGAUAGCUCUAAUGCAGUCAACCAAAACAACCACAAUAUAAAUGAAAAUUCUGCACAAUUGGGAGGAGCAAGUCUGAACCACCAAAAUUACCAAUCACAAUCAGAACAAGUACAAGUGGGAAGUCAUGUGGAAUCUCCAAUUUCUUUUGGUAGAAUGAGUAAAAGAUUACCUAAAGAUACCAUGGGGAAGCACAGGAGAUUGAAUGCUGUUAGAAAGAGUGGCAAAGCACAAUCUGAAGAGCAAUUGAUUGAUAGCUCUAAUGCAGUCAACCAAAACAACCACAAUAUAUAUGAAAAGUCUGCACAAUUGGGAGGAGUUUCUACAAGUGGGAAUCUAAUGGGGGCAAGUCUUAACCACCACAAUGUUCAAUCACAAUCUGAACAAGUACAAGUAGGAAGUCAUGUGGAUUCUCCAAUUUCUUUUAGUAAAACGAGUAAAAGGUUACCUAAAGAUACAAUGGAGAGGCGCAAAAGACCAAAUGCUGUUCAGAAAAGUGGCAGAUCACAAGCUGAAAAGCAAUUGAUUAAUAGUUCGAUUGAAGUCAACAGAAACCACCACAAUAUAAAUGAAGAGUAUGACCAGUUUGUCGGAGAUACAAGAGAGAAUCUAAUGGCAGCAAGUCUUACUCACCAAAGUCACCGAUCACAAUUUCAACAACAAGUUCCAGUGGAAAAUCAAGUGGAAACUUCUAUUUCUUUAGGUAGAGUGGGUCAAAGAUUACCUAAAGAUACCACGGGGAAGCGCAGGAGAUUGAAUGCUGUUAGAAAAAGUGGCAAAGCACAAGCUGAAGAGCAAUUGAUUGAUAGCUUUAAUGCAGUCGGCCAAAACAACCAUAACAUGCAUGAAAAGUCUGCACAACUAGGAGGAGUACGUACACGAGGGAAUCUAAUGGGAGCAAGUCUUAACCACCGAAAUGAUCAAUCACAAUCAGAACAUGCACAAGUGGAAAGUCAUGUGGAAUCUCCAAUUUCUUUUGAUAGAAUGAGUAAAAGAUUACCUAGAGAUACCAUGGAGAGACGCAAAAGGCCGAAUGCUGUUCCGAAAAGUGGCAGAUCACAAGCUGAAAAGCAAUUGAUUGAUAGUUCUAUUGAAGUUAACCGAAACAACCACACUCUAAAUGAAGAGUGUGAUCAAAUUGUUGGAGAUACCAGAGGGAAUCUAAUGGUUGCAAGUCUUAAUCACCAAAGUGAUCGAUCACCAUCAGUACAACAAAUUCCAGUGGAAAGUCGAGUAGAAACUUGUUCUGUUGGUAGAAUGAGCCAAACUUUAUCUAAAGGUCAAACGAGGGUAAGAGGUUAUACCCGAAUGUUGGAUGUGUGGAAUUUGCCUGAUGGAGAAUUCAUACGUGUUGAAGUAGAUUCUUUAGGCAAUCCUAUUGGGUGGGAAGGAAAAAAACUUUUAAAUGCAAUAGGUUCCUUGGCAAGGAAGCACCAAUAUGCUCCCAUCAAUAUUCUAAGCUGGAAAGACAUGCCAGAGCUGAAUAUAACUAAUAUGCUUGAUUUGAUACAGAGUAAGUUUCAUUUUGUUCCUACAUUGACGGACCAAACAAAGCAAAUACUAAAAGAUAAUUUGAGUUCUAAGUGGAGGCAAUUCAAGCAUGAUUUGAAAGAAAAGGGAUACGAUGAAAACAUGACUGAGGAAGAAAUGGCUGCCAACAUCCCUGAUAGAAGAGUUGAUCCUUCUCAAUAUCGUGCUUUAGUACAUCAUUGGUGUUCCCAGAAAGGACAGAAAAUAAGCAACAUCAACAAAAGGAAUCGCUCAAAAUAUGAGGAUAUACAUUGCAUGGGAACGAAGAGUCUUCCAAGGUUCAUUCAUGAGGCAACCGAGGCUAAUGGAGCACAACCUUCACGAGCUGAAAUUUAUAUUCAAACUCGAACUCGUAAAGAUGGGAGUAUUGUGACUGAGAAGGCAGCUGAUGUCAUUGGUGAAUUAAAGAAGCAUAUGGUAGAGGCUUCAAGUUCACGAACUCCUCAAAUUCCUCAAGAUUCUACAAAUUGGGCAAAUGACAUAUACUCGAAAGUAAGAGGUCCUGAAAAGAGAGGAUCUGUGCGCUGUUUAGGCAAGGUUCCACGUCUUUCAAAUACUUUAUCUCGAAACCCUAAUGUAGAAAAUAGGGUCGUCAAAUUAGAAAAUUUGCUUGGGAAUCUUGUUUCUGUUCUUCAAACACGAUUUUCAGCAGACAAACAAAUUAAUGAUGUUUUGCAAGCUAUAGCUCAAGAGGUACCUGCUGCUGCUCCAAGUACACCAAAUGAUUCCUCUGGUAACUAUCAGCAAACUACAAGUGACAGCUAUUCAAGUGACAGUUAUUGAGUGAAAUUGUUCAAUUUUAAACUUGCUGGCAACCUAGAUUUGCUAAGUUAUUAUUUACCUGAUUCUUAGUCUUUAGUACAUGUGGGGUGGCUUUCUCUUUUUACUUGUGUAAUUUAAUAUGGUCUGCACUUAAAACUGAUGGAUUCAUAAGGAAUAGGAGUUGGAGUUUGACAAUGAUGUUUCGUGUAUAGGUUGAAUCUUUUGGUGACUGGUUUUCACUGCCUGUAACUUGAUUUCAUAUAACAGUAACUUGUGUUGAGAGAGAUGUUAGUAAAUAUGUUUCAUUAA